CUGGGCCAGUUGCGAGGAGCCUCUGGACGCACCCUGUUUGUCCCGCAAGGAGCAAGCAAUCCCUGUCUUCUUGACUGGGCUCUGAUCGACCUCAACACUGCUACUUUACGAGACAUACAAGAGAGUGAUAGAAAGCUCAAACCUAACUUUGAAUUGGCUCGGACAGAUGCACAAAUAAGGGAGCAUCCGUACCCGACCUCGAUCAGUUACGACCCUAACAUCCACCUUGUUCCAGGUAUGGAAGUCUUCAAGUGGGGACGUACAACAGGCGUGGGAUCAGGUGAGGUGAACAUGACUAGGAAGGUGAUGAAGAUCGCCGAUGUCGAGACUUGGAAAGGCUCAAUCUACAAUCCGAACGGUGAUGUAACGGUCGCUGAGUUAUUCGUACCUCCCAGGAGACUCGAGCCCUUCUGCCAACCAGGGGACUCGGGCUCUUUGGUCGUCGAUGGCGAAGGUCAUCUUGUUGGGCUUCUUUGGUCACUGGCUGAUGACGACACUAUUGUCACUGACAUUCGUGUGGUGUUUGAGUCCAUCAGGGAGAAGAUGGAGUUGAAAGCUGACACCGUCUUCGGUGUUCCUACAAAGUUCUGAGGAAUAGAGACAGAAGAGUUUGCAACUCGGCGAUUUGUUCAUAAUUCUGAAAAAGCUUUUGCCU